AAGCUCAGCUCAGCGAGGGGGUCUCCAUCAGGUCUCCAUCAGGUCUCCAUCAGGUCUCCAUCAGCAGGAGGCGGAGCAGACUGCAGGCCAGCAGAGAGAGGCUGAACCUUCACCUGGAGACCCGGGAGCUUCUUCCACACAGAGGACACCGCUACUAGAGAGGCUGGACCAUGUCCGACUUUGACAGCAACCCGUUCGCGGACCCGGACUUCAGCAACCCCUUCCAGGAUCCUUCAGUGACGCAGGUGACCCGGUCUGCCCCUCCUGGUGGUCUGGAGGAGUAUAACCCCUUCACAGACGCCAGAACGGCGGCCCCUGGGGAUGCCCCCAAAGCUGCUCCUGCCCCCCCCCAGCAGAACACGCAGCCUGCCAUCAUGAAGCCCACAGAAGAGCCGCCGGCUUACUCACAGCAACAGACUCAGCGGCGUAAUGAGGACCAAGCACGUGUUCAGGCUGAGUUGUUGAGAAGGCAGGAGGAGUUGGAGAAGAAAGCGGCAGAGCUCGAUCGUCGGGAGAGAGAGUUACAGUCCCACGGAGCCGCGGGAGGGCGUAAGAACAACUGGCCUCCUCUGCCAGAGAAGCUCCCCGUUGGCCCAUGUUUCUACCACGACAUUGCAGUAGACAUUCCUGUAGAGUUCCAAAAGACCGUCAAGAUCAUGUAUAACCUUUGGAUGUUUCAUGCGGGCACACUCUUUGUGAACAUGUUUGGCUGCCUGGCCUGGUUCUGUGUGGAUGCAACUCGUGGUGUAGAUUUCGGCCUGGCCAUGCUAUGGUUUCUGCUGUUUACCCCCUGUUCUUUCGUCUGCUGGUACAGACCGCUUUACGGGGCUUUCAGGAGUGACAGUUCAUUCCGCUUCUUUGUCUUCUUCUUCGUCUAUAUCUGUCAGUUUGGGGUUCACGUUCUACAAACUAUUGGCAUCACUGGCUGGGGAACAUGUGGUUGGAUCGCAUCUUUAACUGGUCUGAACAAAAGCAUCCCAGUGGGCAUCAUCAUGUUACUGAUUGCAGCUCUCUUCACCGCACUGUCUGUGGGCUCGCUCAUUAUGUUUAAAAAGGUGCACGCACUGUAUCGUACCACCGGUGCUAGUUUUGAGAAGGCUCAGCAGGAGUUUGCGACAGGGGUCAUGUCUAACAAGACCGUUCAGACUGCGGCUGCCAACGCUGCAGCUAAUGCUGCCACCAAUGCUGCUCGUGGGGCCUUCAAACCUCAGCCAUAAACUGACAUGCACACACACACACACACAUACACACACACACACACAUGCUCACACAUACAAGCAUUUACACACACACUCUCAAAAGUUGGAGAUGCACAACUCUGGCCCUGAAGGCUCUCAGAUCAAAUUGAUUCUAUUUAUGGACGCUGUCAUGCUCAGAUUGCCCCGCACACUUUGCUCAAAAAGUGCAAAGAGUCAGAGGCCAGAAAUAAGUUAAAGAAAAGUUAGUCAGAUAAAGUAACCAGAGUUGUCCACCUUCACUUAAAACCAGUAAAAACUCUCCUACAUUCUUCCCGUCUGCUUUUCAGUCAGAUGACUCUUCUGCUCACAUCCCUUGAAACAUCCACUAAGUGGCUCAAGGUGUGCUCGGAGUGUGUGGGGUUUCAUCUCACACUCUCUCACUCGCUCCUUCGCUUUUCCCUGUUCUUCUUCUGUCACCUUGAGGUGAUCCUAGGUCAGGCAGAGGUUCUAGCAUACCUUAUUUUUGUCAUGGUGAUGCCCUCCAAACAGCUUCCUGCCUGGUUAAUUCAGCAUUAGAGUUUUGAAAAGUGAUAAUCUGAUCAUGGUGUUUUGCACAUAGUUCUGUUUUCUUGGUCACAUGCCGAAAGUACAGUGUAUGUUUGACUGGCUGGGCCUGCGCGUGUGCGUGUGAAUGUGUACUUCAUUUAAAGAGAAUUAUGGCUGUGAUUUUGUUUUUGUUUUUUUAAGUCAUUUAGAUCUGACCGGUAAAUUGUUUCUUGUCCUACAUCUGUGCUUCUAUUCUGAGACAUCCCGGUAGCUUAUAUAAGUAGAAAUACGUUGGUAUGUUCUGAUUUAAGGAGCUGCCUGCAGCCCCCAGCAGUGAUCCACCUGUCAGUUUUACAAUUGUCCCACUUUGAGUGCUACUUUGAUUGGCGACGUGGACUGGGUCUGUGGCUUACCGAGAUCUGACAGCAUGACAACGACAUGCAUGUUUAGCACACUAAAGGUAGCUGUUUCUUUGUCCACUAUUAGCCUUUUCUCUGGCUACAGGUGGUAGCUGGUUUAGGGGGGGAAUGUCUGCCUACCUAUUUUCCCUCGAUUGGUUUCUGUGAGAAGGGAGCCGUGAACUUAUUGCAUGUCCCGGUGGCUGUUUGACUGAUUGAUGAUGUUCGGAUCUAUUUGUGAAGACGCGCUGAACACCCAGGUCAGUAGGGGUUACCAAGUCUCACCACAAACCUAAAAGAGGGUCAGUCAGAUGUUUUCGUGGCCCGGUGCACUAAAAGGCGGAGG